AAGCAUAUUCAGUAAGGAUUUUAUCUGAAGUGAAUAGUGUACAACCAUGUACAUGAACAUUUUGUUAACAGGUUUGCUCCUCUUUUCUAAGGAAAGCAAUGGCCAUAAAAUAAACAAAGAGAAAUGUGUCAGGGACGUCGCCGACAAAGUGGCUACUCUAAUUACAACAACUACGAGUCAGUGCAUUAUCACCCCUACCGAAGGUUUAGAUGAUCACGACCGACCCUCUGACUGUGGUGAUUUGAAGAAAUCAGAAUACAAAAGUGGCCAUGGAGUAUAUAAAAUUUUCCCGGAUGGAACUUCUGGUUUUCACGUCUUUUGUGACAUGGAGACUGACAAAGGUGGUUGGACGGUAUUUCAACGAAGAACAAACAAUUAUGUCGGCUUUUAUAGAGAAUGGGAAUCUUAUAAGAAUGGCUUUGGAAAUCUAAAGAGUGAUUUCUGGUUAGGGAAUGAAUAUUUGAACAAAAUAACUGAACAGGGAUAUUACAUACUGCGGAUUGAUAUGGAGGAUUUUGAAAAUAAUCACAAAUACGCCAUCUAUGAGAAAUUUGCUGUUGAGAACGAGAAGUCUGGAUACAAGCUGAAGGUAGCUGGUUAUACUGGAAAUGCAGGUGAUUCAUUCAGCGGUCAUAAUGGAUAUAAAUUUACUACAAGGGACAGGGAUAAUGAUGCUUACCCACAUAACUGUGCUGAGUUGUAUUACGGAGGAUGGUGGUAUACUAAUUGUCAUUAUUCAAAUUUGAACGGGAUGUACCUAAUGGGAAAACACAGUUCUUAUGCUAUUGGUGUUAAUUGGAAGACCUGGAAAGGAUACAACUACUCUUUAAAAACAACACGCAUGAUGAUACGACGAGCCUAAUAAAAUAAUCAAUAAAAAUGAACAAGUUGAA